GAGCCUUUCCUUGACAAGAAGAGCAUUAACGACAUUCCAGAGGGUUCGAAUAAGGAAAGGGGACUGGCAUCUGAUCAACAUAAUAUUAAUAUUAUCGAGAUUCCAAAGGACUUGGAACCUCACCCGCCGCAAGAGACGUGUUGGAUCCAUCUGGUUCCGGAGAAGCUCAGAAAUAUACGCAAAGAAGCUUACACUCCCCAGCUAGUUUCCAUUGGCCCUCUUCACUAUGGCAAUCCAAAGCUGAAGGCAAUGCAGAUUCACAAGAUCAAAUAUAAGCAAGAAUUCUGGAAUCGCGACUUCUGUUAACAUACUUCGAAGACGAAAUUCAUGGAAGAAAAUGAUUGGCUGGAAAAGAUCCAGCGUAAGUAUGCAGUGACGUUUGAGUCUGUAGAUACGUCGGCGUUGAAACGCGUGAUUUUACAAAAUGCCUGCUUCAUCUCUGAGCUCUUCUUGAGAAACUAUGAAAUUCAGCUACAUAAUAAAAGGCAUGAACCUCAGCCACAUGAGAAAAACAAGCAAAGUGAUGCUGCAGUGGAGCUACCUGAGGAAAUCAAAAAACAUACAGAGGGCUACAUAUUGAGAAGACCAUGGCUGACGGAAGCUAUAAGACAGGACUUGAUACUGCUGGAAAAUCAGCUUCCAUAUUCUGUUCUCACUGAUCUAUUCGACUUCAUGUUCAAACAAACUCCAGUUAAUGUGCCUACGUAUCUACCAAAACUAAAUGAGAAAAGUGUAAGGGAUGAUUUCAUUUGCAUAAUUGCCGCUGAAUUCUUCCUUGAGUAUUACAAAUUUGGAAGAUCUCCCGCCAGCGGUGCCGCCGCCACGACCGCCAAGGCCGCUGCCGCCGCCUCCAAAUCAACAUUCCUGGCGGGCGUGAAGUUUCGGCGUGGAGAUAAAGAAGCUAGACUAACUGACAUAAAGAAGAAGGGUGGCCUCUGUUGGUUAAAUGGGUGCUGUUUGGAUUUGCAGUUCCCUGAAUUGAGUGUAAAAGACGACACCGAAUGCAUUAUGAGAAACGUCAUGGCGUUGGAGCAGUUUGUUUAUCCACGUGAGCCUUUUAUCUGCAAUUAUGUUUUUCUGCUGGACCAACUCAUCAGCACUCAGGGAGAUGUGCAAUUUCUAAUUGACAAGAAAAUUGUUAGCAACUGGCUAGGCAACAGCGACGCAGUGGUUGACUUGGUUAACAAACUGUGCGACCAAAUUGUGGUAUCAAAUUUCUUCUACAAUCAGCUCUGCGAAGAACUUAACAAACAUCAUGAAAAUGCCUUGAACGUUUUCAGGGCAACCCUCAACAGGGUUUACUUCAAGGACCUUUUUACUAUUUCUUCCACUGCUGUUGCGGCUUUUUUCCUUGUAUUCUCCAUUUUCUCUACCUGGUUAACCAUCAAGAAUCUCUUCUGUUAG